AUGGAGACCAAGCUGAUGCUGCAUCUGUCGGCAAAUCUCAGACGGAUUCUUCUUGUGAAGAGACUGAGAAUUCAGAUGAUGAUGAUGAUGAUGAUGAUGGCGAUUGAUGAUGCACCUAAAGAAGAUGUUGGUGAUGAGGCUUCAUGUCUUGUUUCUAAUGAUAACGGAACCUCUCUAGACAAAGUCAAGUUUUUGGAGGAUGCCUCUCAGACAGUGGAAAAUAGUGGUAGAGGGUUUAACACAGUGACAUCUGUCAAUGAGACGGCAAUUCAACCAAUGAAGGAAACUGGAUACAAUGGGUUUGACGUUUUUUCUUCUCAGGUAGAAUCAGUGAGCCACUAUUCAAAAGACACCCGGACAUACCAAUAG